AUGAGGUUCGGCGUGAGAGAGCAUCGGGGCGCUGCCGAAGAAGAGGACGAGGUGGUUGCCACUUACAACGUCUACGCGUCGCCGUUGCUGCAGCACCAGCUGCACAUAUUUCAGUUCCCAAUGCGGCGCAAAAUGCGGCCAUAUGAAGCGGACGAUGUGCAGCUCUUUGCGACGGAGGGAGUUGCCAAUUUCGGCAAAGCCGCGGCAUUGACUUCAGCGGCGGCGGCGGCGACGCCCUCGGCGUCUAUUUUGUCUCCCUCUUCAAGGCUGACGAUGCACUGCCGCCUUGACAUGUUUGGCUCCAGCUCCUUCGUGGAGCCGUCACCCCAACCACAGCCGAUGCAGCAGACAGGCGAUGGCCUACGCAAGGGCGACCAGCCGCAGAGACACUCAUAUCAUUACGCGCUGCAGUCCCACCCCUUUCAACCCCGUUGUGAUUAUGCAGUUGGAUUCAUUGUCGAUGGAGCAAUUCACCUGACGCCCGUCAGUACCAUUCAACAGUUCACACCUAUUGUCAAACCAACAACGCUUAGCGCUGCCCAUUGCGUGGGUGAGGGAUUUACGAGUGUGCCAUCUAUGCCGAUUGUCCCGGGACUUGCCAUUUCUGACCGCAUCCAUCGCGAGAUGCUGCGCCAGCGUAGCGUCAUGUUGAACACUGAUGCAGCGACAGCGAAGGAGCUGCAAUACUUCCCCAUCGGUUCUGUGGAAAGUAUGGCCAUGCGUCGUCGGUUGUGGUCACCCACCUAUGAAGUUUCCUCCUUUCUCCAGACUACGGGCAGCCAGCGGCCAAGGACGCAAACGGAGGACAGCCUGUUCCCACCGGAGCUUCUCAUUUCAGGCGGAAUCUCCGGCGGCGAGGAUGCGGCUGCUGUUGGAAAUUUGCUGCGACGCUAUGCACACCGUUACGGUGUGCUGGACCAAGUGCUAGUGCUGCUGCAGCGCUGCCAGGUCUUGACACUAGCGGAGCUGCGUGCGUUGGUGCUUCCGCCAGAUCACGCUCUCGUUCCAUCACCCUCCGCUUCCCGCCAGCCGCAGCCGGACGGUGUGACGGAUAAGCAGCUGCUGGAGGCACUGAGAGAGGCUGCCGUGUGGAUUCACGGGGUGUGGGUGUCGAAGACGGCCUCCCGCUUUAAAGGCACAGUUGCCGCUCUGCGUGAGGUGGUUCUUCUGCUCUUCUUUGAAAGCGCUGAUGCCUCCCUGGCUAGAGCCGAGCUGAACAAAAUUGUGAAUAGCACUGCAUUGCAACGGAAUGUGAAGGAGAUAUUAGAAAGCGUCGCAACGUUGAACAGCGACGAGCCUGACCCUAAGCAGCGUGUGUGGCGUUUAAGGCACGUUCCAGCUGACGCAGCCCUACGAGUGGCAAUGUUGCGGGCCGCGCAAAAUGCGUACCCGCAAGAGGUAACAUUUCAACGCAUGCAGUGGGAGAAGUUUAGACCCUAUAUCAUGGGCCACAUAAAUGCGAUUAACUUAGGCAUGCCGGUUUCCCGACUUCUCUUGGCGACACGACGAAAUGAGGCAGGCGCGGAGGCAACCAACUUAACUGGCAUGGCGGUUGCGGCGGCGGCGGCGGGUGCGGCAUCUUCAUCUUUCAAGGAUGAUGAGCUCGCUCCGAUAUUGGCGUACAUUCGCCGUCUGUUUCUAGAGCAUGGUGUGCUGAACAAGCAGCGUGCGAAGGAGUUAGUCAUGAAGGGCAGACAACAGCACUACCCAGACGCGACGAACCCAAUGCUGAGUGCAGCUUUGCAGCGGUGUGUGCAAACGUUUACAAAUGCCACGUGGGUGCUGAAAGUACUCGGCGAACCGAAGGUUGAUCGUUACAGACCGUUGAUUCUUGAGACGGCGGUGGAGCUCGUGAAUUUUGAGACACGUGCCUUUCACGCAUUGCUCGAAGAGAAGCGACAGCGACGGUCUGCGGGUGAAGGAGAAGACGCUAGUGGAGGUGCUGUGGAUGGCGAGGAAUUGCAACGGAUUGUCUCGCGGGUGCUGUCAGAGGUGGCGGUCUACAAACAGCACGAGAGGCUUUGGCAUCUAAAGAGUGGAAAUGCAAUGAUGGAGUAG